CAAGUAGUAAUGUAUAGAGUUGGAAAUUUGGGACCACCCGAUUUAAAACUAAUCGCAUUAUAGCCAAGAAUUGAAAAGGUGCACUUGAUGUUGUACCAUAAAAGUCAGUAGUAGAGUAUUUUAUGCCGAAGCUGUGAUUUAAUCGUGGUUCAAUCAUUUCCAUACCGUUAAAUAUCGUCUACCGGUGUCACUUCGAGUAGGAAGGUUUUUCUGGUCAAACCUUGUUUUCCAAUCGUUGAUGACCGCUGUACCAAGUUCUUGACUAAUCUUUGAUACAAAAAUAGCUGUUUUGCGAUUAAUUUUUAUUUAUAAUUAAAAUAACUUGAUAAAUAACUAGUAAAAGAAAUAUAUUCUAGGGUUUAGCUCAAAGCCUCACCACUAGUCCACUACUCCGGAAUCCCAAACGGCGGCUAGGGCUAGGGUUACGCAAAGCCAUGCGGAAGGAAAUUCCGGCGGACGUGGAGAUCGACAUCUUGCGGAGGCUCCCGAUAGCAAGCUGCACCGUCCGAUUCCGCUGCGUCUGCAAAUCAUGGCGCGCUAUUAUUUCCGACCCCUCCUUCUCCCGACAGAAACUAUCCUUUUCCGCCGCCGCCGACGACGACGACGCGGCGGGCGAAGCUAUUUCCGAUCCUCCUCGGCCGCUAGUUAUGGUCAUCCGCGAAUAUUGGAAUCGGUCAGUUUACUCCCUCCACUCUUGCAAAACAUUCAAACCGCUCCUCGAGUCCGUGGAUCUGCCCUUCUCUUCGGAGAAAAAGUACCGCAUCGCCGGCUGCUGCGGCGGUUUGUUUUGUAUGCACGCGGGGAGCGGAUUCCACCGUACCAUCAAACCCUUUCGACCGGCGACGGAUGUGUUCCUCUGGAAUCCGACAACCUCGGAGACCAAGUUUUGCCCCGCGACCCUCUUCACCCCUCCGUCCGCGAGCGCGUCGGUUCGCGGCGUCGGGUUAGGUUUCGAUCCGGAAUCGAAUGACUACAAAAUCGUCAGGCAAAUCGAGUAUCAGGAAGAGCAAUUCGAUCGGAGUAGUAGUAGUAUUCGAGUUCGCGACGUUCUCUUCGUGGAGUUGUACAGCUUGAGGAACGAUUCGUGGAAGAUAAUCGACGAUAUAGAUUGCUCUCUUCGUCUUCCUCUGCUCCCAUAUUCCCAGCAGCCUCCGUGCUACAAGGGGAAGCUGUAUUGGUGGGGCACCGACGCGUAUCCGCGAGGCGAGGCUACUCGUUUCGUCACGUUCGAUCUGAGCAGGGAAGUUUUCCAGAGAGCGGAGGUGAGGAAUCCGGCUGAUCGGCCGUGGAUUGUCGGUUCGUUGUUCGUGCCGCCGGAAUCGUGGACUGAAGGGUCUUAAACACGAUGGUAUUACAUAUCCAAUAGUUCUAAGUCUUGAUAGUUCCCUCUAUUGGGUAUGAACAAGAAGCUCGUUCAUGAUUUCUUGUAUUAGACGUGGAUAAGUAAUCAUAAGUCUCAAAUUUUAGCAUGCGAAUGUACAUAAUUGGUGGAGAUAUUUCGAAUAAAACCACAAUGGUAGAGGAACAUUAACUUUGUGUGAUCUCACUCGACUCGAGCGAGAAAUUAGAAAAUUGUUCAAAAUGAUCUGUAAAAGGUUUAGAAGGAUAAGAAAAAAUCGAAAGGUUAAUAUGUUUUCGUAAAUAGCAUCCUUAUUAAAAAAAGGAUUAAUGA